CAUGCGUGUAAUAACAGUUGUAUUUCGUUCACGUUAGAAGUCGUAUUUGUUUUUGUAACUGAACGAGUUCAUAAAGAUCAAAUCGAGCAACAAUUCGAAUUGGACGUCAAGCUGCAGUUUGAAGUGUAGCCGAGUAGUUCCCAAGUAUGGUCACGUGACUUUGACCUCAUUUCCAUGCGACGCUAAAGUUCGAUGCGACGUUAUCGUUGUAUUGUUUUGACUUCGCCCUCCACCGAGGUGAUCGAAGGGAUUUUGACAGUGGUUUGGAUUGUUUUGGACGAGAUGACAACCCCAAAAGCCGUCAACAUCAGCUCCGUACCCAUCGACGCCUUUAGUCAUUUAAGAAUUACAUCCAUUUGGACGUUCCUCAUGUCUGUGAAGUGGUCGGAGCCAUGGCUUAUUGGCGCUUUUGCGUUUCACUUCGCGUGUCUUUGCCUGACUGUGGUGACGUGCAAGUAUUAUAGAGCGCAGAUUUGCCACUUCCUGCUCAUACUUGCCUUGGUGUACAGUGCUGAAUAUUUCAACGAGGUGGCAGCAAUGAACUGGAGGUCGUUCUCCGAGUUUCAGUACUUUGACUCCAGAGGCAUGUUCAUAUCGUUGGUCUUCUCCAUCCCGUUGCUCUUCAACGCAGUCAUCAUUGUGGUGGUGUGGCUGCACAGGAGCUUCUCCACCAUGACCGAGCUUAAGACGCUGCAGCUCAAACGGAAGGCACGCCUAGCCAAGAAAAGGGACUGAUCCGCCGGAAAGGACCCAACUUCCAUGUACGGCCCCGCCAGAAUGCGCAAGGCAAAAAACAAAUGCAAUCUCAGAGGAGGAAAGAGGAAUAGAGCCUGCUCCCUCCCUCGGAGAGAUUGUACAAGAGGACCAAAAUCCUGUGCUGUUUAAAUGCGUGAUUAAAUGUCUUUUACUUCUCUGCCAAA